AUGUUGUUGAUUACUUCCUCUUGUGAUUCUGUGGUUAUUCUCAGCAGUUUUAAACGGCAGGGGUGCACACUCUGCUUCAGUCUUGUGCUGCGUUGCAUAGUGGAUUCUCCACAGCCCUGCCCUCAUCCUGCCUCCCCAUUUCUCCUGUUGGUCUCUGCCAUCGCGUCCAGCUGUGGCACACAGGCGCGAUCCGUGGCGCUCACUGAUUGGUCCCUGGCCUAUGGACGUCAGCCCUGGCACUCAAGCACGUUCCCUUCAUGCGGGACAAUAAGCCACACAGACACAAGGGCUGGGAGAGAGAGGAGGAGGGCUCUCACACAACCGCUCGGCCUCCUGCGGGAGCCCGACCAGCUCAAAGAGGUAGAUUGCAAAGUUGCGGCAGCAGCUCCAGCGCAGCAAACGCAGCAGAUCGUUUUAUGUCGUGGGGGAGUAGAUAAAGAGCGCAAGUCGCCCUUUAAUGGACAGCACACCAUCAUCCAAUUCAGCGGGAUUGAGCGGCUCAUCAUCCGGGACACCCCGCGAUGUGAGGAGGUCAUUGUUGAGUCCCAGUGGGCACGCGCUCCCCCUCCUGUGGUCCCCCAUCGCAGCAGUAGCCGCGGAAGCAUCGAUACCCAGUCGCCUUCGGGGGGCGGGGCUCUGAGCGGGUGCAUUAGCAACUGUGCAGCAGCCGGCCGACUCUUAUCACCCCUACCUCCCUUGUUGACGAACGCGACCGCAGGAGGGGGAGCGCGGUGCCAUCUGGGAGUUCGAGGCUGA